AUGAUGUCGAUGAGUUGGUAUGGGGUGGCUGCCGUUAUUUGGUUGUUAUUACCGGUGUUUGCGGAUAAACAAAUACCAAAGAUCACACGGCAUCACGCCCUGAUCGUAUCGUAUGGUAGGACCUUAUGGCUUGACCCACAACAACACUUGAAAAUCGAAGUUCCUGUCAGCUCUGUCAAAUAUCGUUGCGAGGUCAGUGUAGUUCGUGACGACCCUCUUGCGGAGAGAACCGGUUAUUUAACACCGGAUAAAUUUCCCUGUGAAUUUACCAAAGGUGAAGUUCGCUACGUUCAUCUUGGAUCGAAGGCUCCUAGCAAAGAUUUCGUAAAGCUUAGCGUUCGUGUUGAUUCCGCCACAGAGACCAUUCUUCGCCGCGUUGUCCUCGAUAUUACUGUUACCUUUUUACCCAUGGAAAUUGUAAAGAAAAACAACGAUUUAAUCGUAAGCGGUCCUGACAAAAUCUCGACAGGAAUAAAUGACCAAAUAUUGCAGUUUAUGUACGAUACGGAAAGAAUGGAAGCAUGUAGAGUCAUAAUUCUUGACAGGCUUGACUCCGAAAAAGGACUUCCACGCUACGGUCGAUUGCUCAACAUCACCAAAAGCGCGGAUUCAUUCGCUCGUCCAUUAUUUUGCUCAGAUUUCCUGACUGCAGACAUACGCUAUGAACACACUAAAGGGGCACAGUCCCCUAAUAGGGACUAUAUUCCCAUGACAGUCGAAAUUCAUCGUCAGACAGGAGAGAUUGUGAAAGAGUAUUUUCAAGUCGCGGUGCGGAUACUCGGUGCGAGAAAGAAUCAAAGACCUAUGGCAUCUUUCAAGGCUUCAGAGUUUAUGUCUGUGGGCCAAUACGUUACAAAGCUUAUCACCACUGAUGUAUUAGAUGCUGAGGAUGUUGAAACCAACGCAGACUAUCUGAUCUUCAAUAUAACUGAACCACUAGGACCAGGUGAAGGAUGUAUCGUCAGUACUGAUGACCCACAUACACCGAUAACCUCAUUUUAUCGAAAAGAUAUCACAGAUCUUAAAAUUGCUUAUAAACCUCCUUCACAAAUAGCUAACUUGAAAGGACCACUACUGGAAGUUGUUUUUGAAGCAAUUGACACUGAAGCUUUUCAUUCUGAACCAAUUAGACUUCUCAUACAAGUAUCGCCAAGAAAUACCCUGUCACCAAUGGUAACAAAAAAUAAGGAACUUGUGCUCUUUGAAGGACAAUCACGAAUUAUAUCAUCAAAAGAUAACCUUCAAGUUUCAGACAAGGACAACAUUGAUGAUGUAAAGAUUUAUAUUGUUGGUGGCUUGCGGCAUGGUGAAUUGUAUGUGAAUCGAAAAGUUGCAAGGUGGUUUACACCUAGAGACCUUGAUAAUGGAACAAUUAUUUAUCAACAUGAUAAUUCAGAUACUUACAGUGACAAUAUCAUACUGAAUGCCACUGAUGGUAAGCAGUAUGUGGAGUUUGUAUUUGUAAUUAAUAUUAUCCCUGUGGAUGAUGAAAUACCUAUUGUAGUUUGCAAUACAGGACUGGAACUUGAUAAAGGUGGGAGUUCUAUCAUCGAUGAAUAUUCCCUAAGAGCUAGUGACAUUGAUUCAGAUACCAAUAAAUUGUUGUUUCUUGUGGGGUCACAGUUACAACAUGAAAGCUACUUGGAGGAUGAGAUAGGCAAACCAGGCCUGCAAGCCGGUUUUCUAAUGCUUCGACAAAAAGAACGACCUGUUGAUGACCAGAUGUGGAGUAAAUCAGGUUCAUACUGGAUAAAAUCAGAUAUAGACAGUUUUACCCAGGAAGAUAUUCUGCUUCGCAAACUAUAUUAUGUGCAUACUGGAGUUGAAAUAUUUGAGGACAGGUUUUAUUUUCAAUUGGUAGACAGUCUUGAUAAUCCAAAUCAAUCUGGUGUUAAGUUAUUUAAUAUAUUGAUCAAGCAAGUUGAUGUUAACUCUCCACAGGUUGACUCAGAUUGUAGUAUGAAUGCAGAAGUGAAGGAUUCAAGAUUACUAAAACUAACAAGGGAAAUGCUAUGGUUUACAGAUGCAGACUCUGAUGACAUGAAACUACUGUAUACAAUAAAGCAAACACCCUACUUUGUUUCAGGUUCAAAUCAAACAAAGCAAGCAGGCUCUAUUGUUUCAACUGACAAACCAGACAUAAUUUUGUCAACUUUUACUCAGCAACAAUUGCGACACCACAAAGUCUCAUACAAACCACCUUCUAGACUUUAUCGAUACACAGACAUGGAUGUACAAUUCAAAUUUAGUGUAUCUGAUCCAGCUGGCCAUAGUGUGGACAACCAGAUUUUUAGCAUCAGACUGCAUGCUGAGAAAAGGCAAGUCAAUCCUGCAAAGAUCAUUAAGCUGCUUGUUAAUGAAGAUGGGAAGUUGCAUUUCCCAUCAAGGCAUCGGUUAAGAUGGCAACAGUUUGUCAUUGUUGCAUUGCCCACCUAUGGAAUACUAUACAAAAAUGGACAAAGAUUAGAUGUUGAUGGCAUUUUCACUGUUGAUGAUAUCACCAAUCAGAGGCUGUUAUAUGUACAAAGGAAUGCUGAUGGAAAACUUGAUGAAAUACAAAUAAGACAAACUAGUGGUAGAGAGAUGGCCACUUUUCAGAUUCAAGCAGGUAUGUUUGUAAAACAACGUUAUAGAAAAUAUGUCUUCUCACACACUGCUAGGAAGUUAGGAACUGAUGUAACAAAAAUGUGUUCAUCUAACCUACACUGCCUGAUGACAUCCUAAUUUCCUAUUGAGCCUCCAGCAGUGUGUCAGAAAACAUUUAUGUUUCUUUCGUGCCUCAGCCAGUGGAAAAUAACACAUGGCUAUAGAGCCUUUUUUCAAUGAUGAAGUCUUAACUUCACAGUCUGACCUAGUAACCAAAGAUAAGUCAUAAGAUUAUCAUAGUUAUGAAGCCAUUAGGUCUCAGUCAUGAAAACAAACCUAUAUAGCCAUAACAUGUGCAGUAGUUUCUGGAAGGGUCUUUCAUUGUACAGUAUGUCUCAUUUGGUGGUGAAAUAUUAACCUGCCAUAUUGAAAGGCAAUGCCUCAUAUGGUUUAUUACCUCUAGAGAUAAAUAAAAUUGUCUCGCAUUAAGUAAAAUAGAAUACUAAGUGUCGUCUUAUAUAUAAAUAAACAAAAAAUAAAAUGUUUGGGUCCAACUAUCCAAAUAACUCUCAUUAUUUCAAAAAGGUUUUUCCCUAUUUUUAUUUGUUUUGUGUUCAAAUUAAAAAGAGCUAUUUGAUACUUCUUCCUUUGAUACUGGCUCCACUGAAUUGAUACAGGUUUUAUUCACAAGCAAAAACAAUAUACUGUAAUGGCGUGCUGGAGAAUGCACAGUUGCUGUGCAAUACCAGCAGCCCCCAGAAUAGGCAUUAAACCAAGGCAGUGGUUACCAAAAGAAAAUCUGUAGUAAGAAAAUCUGUGCCGCACUGCCACUGUGCUAUGCUUCACAAAUCAGUUGUACUUUUGUCGACUUAAACAAAGACAAGUUCACAAGUUACACUAAGCUGGUCAGCACUCACAUACAGUGUAGUAUACCCACAAUAUAGUUUAGGCAUUUAUAAUAAAUUACCAAAAAUAGUGUUGUGGUUAUGAAACAACAGGCUGGUUAAACAGCCAAGACGAUUGUUAAGUAGUUGAACGCGUUAAGUCGAACUGUUCUUUACUGUACUGUAUGUGGCCAAUAGAAAUUCUUUUUAUGUUAAUAUGAAUACAUAAAAAUUAAAAUGUGUUCUUUAGGGUAAUGUUUACUUUGGUUGGUUAAAAUACACUGAGUGCAUACUGUAGGACAAAAAUGAAUGACAUAACUGGCCGUUCCUUACAAAUACUAAAGGUUUCUUUCUUCGAAAACUUGUGGUGAAGUGAGAAAUUUUCGUUAUUUAAGAAAAGCUUAUUAUGAGACAUGAGUGCAGAUUAAUUGUUUGGAUCUCAUUUUUAUUGGGAAUAUUACAAUAGUCUAUUGCCUACUUGUAUAUAGAAACGACCAGAACAUAUUUUCUAUUUUUGUGUUAAUUAUAACGGUUAGUGGCAGAAAUGCAAGUAUGCAUACCAUCUUAAUUUAAACAGUUAAAGACAAUCCUAAUUACAUUUCUGUAAUUACUGAUUCCUGUAAUUGUUAUUUGUAAAUGUGGUCAUAGCGUGUGUAAUGUCAUUACAAUUUUUUUCGACCAUUAGAAAAAACACAAAGACUAUUUUUCGUAUUGUUAGAGAGCACCCAACCACACUUUUGAGUCACGAAAUGUGAUUUAGAAAACAUCUAGUAUACACUCAGCGUCUUGUGGUAUUUAAGUGAUAAUCACUGCAACAGAACUAUGUUUGUUUUAUAAAUAGCAUAAAUAGCUACGAUUGUCCUUAUGUUUUGAAUGCCUGUGUCGUAGGAUUGUUCUAGAACGUCUUCCUCGCUGUUAGCGAGUUAUUCAAAACUGUUUCUCCAACUGUGUCUAAACGAGCAAUUGAUUUUCUUGCGAAGAAUGAAACUGACACUAUUCAAAUUUUCUGCAAGCCAACUACAGCCAGGUAUAGACGAAGCAUCUAAUCUUGUAUUUGUUCCGCUUGCCGAAACUUUAUUUGGUAGUACGUGCACUAUGUCCACAGCAAAUAUGACAGCUUUUUCUAACAUUUAGACUUGUACACAGUGCAUAUCCGUUUUUACUCUAAACAAUACAGUACUUGUACACAUGCAUAGACCCCUAGCUUAGCACCUCUACUGCAACGCAACAUGUGCAUGUAAGAGUAAAUUAACAUAUAUGUAUGACAUUUAAGAGUUUUGUACAUGACCAACCCCAUCAACGUUGAUCAAAAUCUCAUGAAAAAAGCUGAAAAGAAUGGAUUUCAUAGAUGACAAAGUUCUACGCGAAAUACGUAGAAAGUUUGUGCUGCGAAAAGCUUCUUGAAUAAUUUUCACAGGCACGAUUGCAUAUGGUCAAAUUCCUGCUGUCGUGCUGCUCUCAAAUCUCAAUUUAUGAUUCAUCGUCUAUCUAUGCUUUGUGUUUGGUUGAUAAUAUUCAUUAUAACAAUAAAUAACAUUAAGGUAGAAGAAAUCGCCAAGAUCGUUCUAGUUCUGCAAAUACUACGCCAAAAGCGCAUGGAAAGAGACUGGGGACGAGCCCGCCCAACGAGGUUGAAGUACCUGCAUAUCGAUCAUUAAACAAUCAAAUUUUCGCGGUGCAUUUUGUUAACACGCAGUGUCCAUUAGUUCAAAGCCAAGCUUUUAAAUUUUUGUUAAUCACAAUGCUUACAGUAUUUCCUAGUAGGAAUGUACCUCUAUAGUCGAAAGUCUAUAAAUAGUAUAGCGAAAUAAAACUGUAGAACAGGUUACUACAGUUUUGUUUUAUAAUUCCUAAAAUAAUUUCAAGUCUUAUUUAUAGUGUGUAAAUAAACAGUUACAUUCCGUGCAUAGCUCAUAUUCUAUAUAGACGUGGGCUUUUAAUAAAUAUCGGUAAAUACUGAAGAGAUUUUGUGAUUAAAUUUUAGCCUUUUGUACAUGGUUGUCGGCUUUUGCUUUAUUCUACAAAUGUUAAUUUGACAUUGGAUGUAUUUCUGUUUGAAAAACCUUGAUUAUCUUUCAUUAGGAGGUCUUACUAGUGCUAACUAAUAAUCAAGCAGACACGAGUUUGUCAAGCAGUAUUUUCCAAUUGACACUGAUGCUUAUUGUGUAGGUUAAACAAAGGGUAAGCCAAACCGGAUUUAAUUAUACAAACUCAUAAUAUCAGCAAAUUGGUUCUAUUUACCGAACGAUUUAUCGACUGACGUGGUUUGCUCGGUCGAAGAAAGAGGAUUUAUAUUCUAACGAAACCGUUGAUCUACUCUCUACUCCAGAGAGCCAACAGUAGCUAAUAUCGUUAAUAAAACGUUCCAAGUCCUUUUUAAAACGCAAUCUUCUAAACGCAAAAUAGAGAACCAAGAUUCGAGUUAUUUCGUCUGAAAGUACAUUAUGGUAUACUUUUGCAUCGGCUGAAACAAAUUAAGCGUCUGUUGUAAGUCGCAGCUUUGCAAAAGUUGCAAACUUUAAAGUUACCCAAACUUUAUCCACAAAUUAAGAAACAUAAGUAGAGUGUUGAAAAUUUGAAAGCUACUAAUUAUCCCUAGAUGUAGAGCCUGCGUUCAAGUCUUCGGCGCCCCCGAUCUCCAGUAGAAAUCCCGGUCUGUGACACCGACAACGUAAAGGUACGCAAAGCGUACACAAAUCUGCGCUUAAAAUGCUUUUUUUUUCUCCUUGUUGCAUUUGUCGACUUUCAAUUUUGGUUGUUGUCGCUGUUGUUCUUGUUGAGGUUUCGGUUGUUGGUGGUGCUGCUCAAUUGGUGUCUUGUUCAAAUACUUGUGACUGCCUCGGGGUGUAUUAAAUAGACAGAGUGUUGAUUGGGAUUAGACAGGUCCCUUCUUUUAACAACUGGUUAGUAACAUAGGAAUUCUGCUCAUAAAAAUGCAUUUUCUAAAACGUCUUGGGAUAAUGAAUCUUCACAAAGGAUAUAUUGCAGCUGCAGGGAUUAUUCUAUAUGCUGGAAGACUCUGUCGUUGGUGAUAAGGAUGGCGUAUACGUGUUGUUUCAUUUUUUCCAACCCGCCCUUUUCCUGUAUUGAACCUGGAAGUAGAAUUCUCCAACGGCAACAGCCGUAAAAUACACUUGAAACCCUUUCAAUACAGUCUUACACAUGUUUUUUGUUUGAGGUUUUUUAAUUUGCUGGAGUUGUAAAAUUUCGUUAGAAUAAUUCCUGAUAUAUUGGCUAGUAUCAAGACUACACUACUCAGUAGUAGUUACAAGCAGGUCAAUUGUUAUAUAAUAAAGUCGCAAUAAUCUAGUUCAGACUACAGUAAAUGAAUAAUUAUUUGGAAAUUCACAGCUUUACCAUUUCGAAAUUAGUUCAUUUAUGAAUUUAUCAUAAGAUUCUAGUUUUGGGAAUAAAUUCCUUAUUAUUAUGCUGUAUAUAACAAAAGUUGUUUACUCAAUAAUGCCAUUAGUCAUUACAUUAAUGUUAUAGUUUCAAUAUUUGAAUUUCUUACACAAUGAUUAUAAUAAAUACUAUAUUAUUAUAAACCGUGAGUCUCGGUUGAGAGCCUUGAGAGGUCAAAACAUCAUUUUCGUAAGAUAAUAAACUAUCAUGACAAGAACGACUUGAUCUUUGUAGAAGAGCAUGGAAACUUUCGCGUUUCAACGUUUACUUCUUCAAAUUUUGGUGCAACUUCGUCGAUACUGUACUUUGCAUUUCGAAAAAUUCCACUCCUUCGAAACGCCAUUUUGUUUUACAACCUGUUCGCAGGUUAGAAGCAUAUAUAUAUUAUUUAGUGAUACUAGUUUUAAUGAUAAUGUCCAAGUUCUUGUGGAAACCCGCGCUGAAAGUUUUAUUUAAAAUCACAAACGUUUUCGAGAAGCUAACUGCAAUCCUUGGUCAGAAGGUCUUAUGCAUGCUUAAGUAAAGUAGAAAAUUUCAAUUUUUCCAAAUACAUUUUGCAAUAUUUACCGACCCGAUUUAAUAAGAGUCGUACUCAAGACGUAAAUUCAUCAAAUGAUGCCAUCAAAAACUUAAAAUUUCCUGUUCUGUGGCGAAUUUUAUUCAUCAGCCGACAAUCUUUGUCGGCUUGAUAUAUGAAAAUUUUCGAGCAGUUGGGUUUGAGCAAAUUAGCGGACAAUUAAUUUUGACAAUAUGAAACAUAACUCAAAAAAAUUCUUCGGUGCCCGGUCCCCUGUCGCAAUUUGGAAGCUUCAAGUGAAGCGGGCAAGUUUGGACCACGCAGGGCUAACUGCAAUUUUUUUUAGCUACCUGCAAAAAAAACUAAAUAUACAGGCAUGCCAUGAUCCAUAUAAUAGCCAAAUAUGAGUAUUUUGUUUCAGUCAUAUUUGUUGUCAAAUUGCUUCAAUAAACAUUCCUUUAAGUUAAGCCCUGGUUAAACGAGAAUGAGAGUUAAUGAGAGUUAACAGGCGAGAGUUUGCAUGAACCAUGAGAGAACAAGAGUUGCAUAAGUUGUCGAGAGUUGACUGGAUAUCACUCUUGCCAUCUCUAAUCAGAUAGCAGCAGAUAAAAUGAUCUGAAGCAGAUAAAAGUUACGAGAGUGCAUGAGAGUUGAUGAGAAUGGCGGUCAAACGGGAAACUCUCAUCAUCUGUCAUGCAUCAAAUUUCAUUUGACCAGGCUUUAAUUUGUAUAAAAAAUGUGUCAAUUAUACAUACCACACGUACGGACUAGUGACUCCCACUUUACAAAUUGGCACAGUUCUUGGUAUGUAUGACAUUUAAAAUUAUCGUUUUUUUACUUCCUGCUCUAAUGACUAUUUACCCCCCCCCGAAGGAAAGUGCCUCUGAAUAAUAUCCUCUUAAAGCUUUUCUUUUGAAGACUUAAUAUAGUAUAAUAAGUUUGCAAUUAAUCGAAAUGGGCGGGGAAACCUAAUUUGUUUGGUGAGAUCGCUGAUUCACUGGUUGAGAUACUCUAGUGUUACUUUGCUAUAUUUAGCAGCAUCAAGGAAGAUACAUUGUUUGACUCAUAGAAAUUUCAGAUGCUAUCUGCUCUGUUAUCAGUGAUUGCCAUUACCUCAGAACAAAAGACAUUGUUAAUUUCGAACAUGAUGGAAAACGAUGUUUAGAAAUUAUAAUUGAGAAUUUGAAUAUCUUGUUGGUGUAAUUAUAGUUAAUGGUUAACACAAUUUAGAAUAAUAUAAUUGAUAUAUAUGCUUUUAUAUCGUUUAUGUUAUUUGAAUAUGAUAGCUUCGAUAUUUGUAAUUUGUUAUUUAUCCGAAUAGAGCAUGAAAAAGUUGAUAAAUCAUUGUUCAUGCAGUGAUAGUUUGUGUUUUAGUUUGUUUUCAUUGUUCCCUUGAUUUAAAUACAAUAGCUCCAAUGUGCAUAGGCCAUGGCGAGUUUGGAUUGUUCAGAUUGCAGUUAUUUGGAGAAAAUUAUGCAUGUCAAUAUAAUAGCCUGUUAAUACUGAAAAAAUAAACCCAUUAAACACAUAAAGCCUAUAACUGCGCAGGAAACACGUUUGAUUCAACGAAAGAAUAUUUCUAAGGUUAUUUGGGGGGAAAUCGUCUUUCCAAUAUGCGAAGUUUUAAAAUUAUUAUGAAAUUAUAUGAACAUAAAGAAUUAUUCUAUGGUAUUAAUAAUCAACUACAUUAUAACAUUUUUGGUUAUUAGCUUACAUGUAGUUAAUAUGACACAUAUUUAUAACACCUUGUCUAAUUCAUAUGUUGAAAUUCAUUUGAAUCCACGUCCAGGGUGUGGAUAAAAGACGGAUUCGGACGCAGCUGGCGGGCGUGGAAGCGGAUUGGUGAUGGCGGAAGCGGACUGGUGAUUUCAUGUAUUUUGUUAAAAUAUAGUAUUUGUUCAGGGGCUCAAGCUUAAUGAACGCAUUUCUUUUUAUAGUGUAAAACGUUUUCUAUAUAAUAAGAGACAGUUCAUUUUUCACAUGUGAGGACUGGUUCAGUGAAACACAGUAACAGUAAUGUUAUGUCUUAGGGUUUACUAGUUUUAUAGCUCAAAUUCGCUUGCAAAAUAUGUGUUUACUUUCCCGCUCUGGCUCUCUCAACGAAUGCCUCCCACGAGGCUUACCGGAAGUGACGUAACACUACAAGUAACAGUAACAAUACAAGUAACAGUAACAGUAACAGUAACAAUAACAAUAACAAUAACAAUAAUAAUAAUAUAACGAUUUAUUGACAAUACAUCCACAGAGUGGCUUUUCGCUUACCAACAUAUACAAAUACAAUUAAAUUAUAUACAAACUAUAUACGAAUACUACUACUAAAUUUAAAAUAUGUUAUAGUCGUUAUAGGCGUAUCGCAUUUUUAAUCUGGCCAGCUCCCGCUGGCUGAGGCGCGAAAGAAGCGUUUUCUAACACACUGCUGGAACUCCGAUAGAAAUUAUGUGUUAUCGGGUGGUGCAGGUUAAAUGGGCAUAUUUUUGUUGUUUCUAACCGUAGCUUGACAUAAGUCCCACAGGCCCACCCUUCCUUAUUAAGAAAAGUUAGAACGGACAGGUUAGGUUAUGUUGUGCUAUAAAUAAAUGUCAAGCUUGCGGCUGGUGCUGCAGCAGCUUCCAGCGGCGUGCGAGAAGGUAAUAUUGUUUUCCUCCUUUUAGCCUCAAAGCCAAGAGACAGAAAUGCAAAUACUCGCGCAAAGAAUCAGCCUCCGACUUUAGUCAAAGUGUCUUCCAUCAAUGUGGAAGAAGCUGGGUCGGCUAUUAUUACCAGUCAGGAAUUACAAGCUACAGACCCUGAUACUGAUGACUUGAAAUUAUUUUUCAUGGUAAACGCUUUCCCGAGGCGAGGUGAACUUUUGGUGAAUGGCAGUGUGGUGAACAAUUUUACUCAGUCAGAUGUUAUCAACAAUCUGGUUGUUUAUAGACAUGACGUGGAGGAGAUUGGCGUGAAAGAGGCACACGAUUUCUUUAAUCUGACGUUGUCUGAUGAUCCACAAGGACACAUAAUGGGCGAAUCUCGCAGAAUAGGUAAUAUUAUGAUUUUUUUCUGUGUUGGUGUUGUGUCCUCAGAUGAAUAUGAUGUUUGUGAUGUUACUCUGAGUCAGGCCUCGAAUUUCCCUGAAAUCAAUCGACGGCAAUGGCGUUAAAAAUUGCCGUAGAACGUAACAGCUGUCUACGGCAAUUUUGGCAUUUUCCACGGCAUUUUUCAAAUUACUGUAAUAAAACUUUAAUUUUAUUGUUACUUUGGAUUUUUGACAAGCUAGAAACAUGUCCACGUAUUUCUUUACUGUUUUUAGUUCGAAGAAAACUGAGGCUAAAAUAGUGAUUUACGCAUGAUUUGAUCAACAUCUGAAUUCAAGUAUCAAAAUAGUAAUGCACAGUGAAUAGUAUAAAAAUUGCACUAUACAUACGGAAAAAAAUUGCCGUCGUUGCAGCAAUGAUCCACGGCAUUUUGUUCUCCCUCUACGGCAAUUGCCGCGAUUGCUGCGAUAAAAUUCGAGCCCUGCUCUGAGUGUAUAUUCACACCGGGCGAGCUUGAAAAAUAUGCCCGGCCACGGUGGGAAUCGAACCUACGACCUUUGGACAUUGUCAUUCUUUUUUCUCCCCAAAUUAAUUUCAAUGAUGGUAAUCACUGCCGCUUUAUAGAAUACUUCGGGACUCUCAGUUUGACGAAAUAUAAAUAUAAUACCAUGUAUUCCCUUUGGAAAUUAAAUGUUAAAAAUACCAAAGUUCGUGGUAGUUUUGGCAAACACAUUUCAAAGGCUAUAAUUUGACUUGGAUGGAUUGUUUUCAAUCUUAAAGCCUUACACUUUGCUUUGAACAGCAGAAACACUAAACAAUUGUUUAUUAGCCUGGUAAAUAGUGGUAAUGCAUAAAAUGUACAGUAAUGGAAUAUUAUGGCGGCUAAUUUUCGAAUCUUUUUUUUUCUUCCAUUUGCAAAUAUCCUGAUUUAUAGUAUAUAUUCAGAUCAUCCGUCGCGACACAUAAUAAUUUUGCCUGGCGGACUAUCCGUGUAAACAAGACGUACAAUCUAGUCCAGUAUUAGAUAGGACAGUCCGAUCUUUAUUGGCAAUGGUUCGGAGAGCAAAUUGUGCCUAGUAAAGUAUUUCCGUCAAGACUAUAACUUCUGAGUUUGUCUGAGUAAACGUUUUGACGGCUGAUCGUUUGCUGUUUGUUAUAUAUAAAUUAUCAGGCGAACUAUCAUCUCUUUGCCCAUGCAGGUUUGUUCUCUUGCCAGUUGACUCGAUAUCUCAAUGGGAAGAGCAUCAGCCCGGUUCGUUUAAUAUUAAGGUUCGAAUCCAGCUUCAGUAAACUGUUCGUUUUAUAACUGAUUUUAUGAACAGUUUUAACCAACUUAGAUCAGAAUCAAAAUAACAUUAACUAAUUAAAAAUCCUGGAUAUUGUAAGUGAUCAUAAUUUUUUUAUUUUAUACUUUUAGGUUUUACAUUUCACGUCCGAAUUUCCCCUGUGGACGACAAAGAACCAGUGAUUAAAAUUAACGACCGUCUUGAAGUAUGGGAAGGAGAAAAGGCGACUGUAGCGACGAGUAAUUUGAUGGUUACCGAUGCUGAUACAAUUCCUGAUGAUAUCACAUGUCGUAUUGAUGCCUCACCUUUGCAGGGAUUCUUAGAAAACAUUGCACCAUCAAAAGGAAUGGAGCAAUCUCAAGUAGGCAUUCCUAUAAUGUCGUUUACUGUACGCGACCUGCUGUCACAGAGAAUUAACUACGUUCAAAACAACCACAUUCGUAACGAACCAAAAAUAGAUCUUUUCGCUUUGUCUUGUUCUGAUGGUUUAAAGAACUCUCAGCGCCAUAUGAUGAUCAUUGAUAUUCACGGCAGAAACGAUGAAAUCCCCAAACUAUUUCUCACUAAUUUUCAAGUUGAAGAAGGGAAAUCUAUGACCAUUGACUCAGUUUUGUUGGAUGUCAACGAUCGCGAUAUACCUAAAGAUAAUUUGACUAUAAAAUUACUGAAGCCACCAAAACAUGGCGUUGUUGUGGAUCGUUCCAAGUCCCCGUCUCAGUUGAUCACCAGUUUUCCAUUUACUAAAAUUAAACAGUAUGUUAUCACAUACAAUCAUGAUGGUACGGAGACCACUGAAGAUGUCUUACAGUUUGCUGUCACGGAUGGAGUACACGAGGUGAGAAAAGAUGUCAUUGUAAACAUUCUUCCGAUGGACGACGAAACUCCACGACUCGUUACGAACACUGGCCUGGGUCUUACGACCAUUGGCGAAACACGUAUGAUCUCUUCGCGUGCACUGCGCGCUGAAGAUGUUGAUUCUCCAAAUGAGAAUUUGACAUAUAUAAUUCGGAGUGUCCCGUCACUAGCACAACUGACGCGUUAUGAACGUACCGGACAGGCUUAUAACUUGAGCCGAGGUUCGACGUUUACUCAAAGUGAUAUUGAUCACGGUAUGGUCUUCUAUACCGACCUCUCAGUCGUUGCAGUCACGCGAAUGGAAAUUCGCUUUGAUGUUACAGACGGCAGGAAUUCCUUGGUGAACCAGGUGUUCUAUAUUUAUAUGAAACCUGAAGAUAAAGUUUAUCCGAUUGUUGUGAGUAAAGGUACAGUAUUGUGCAAUUUUGUUCGUAUGUCAUCAUGUUAUUUUCGUUUAUUCAAAUGCCCAGAAAAAUCGUUUUUGUGUGAGCAUCAGUAAGUGUGUCUGUGUUUGUGUUACUCUUUGAGAAGCGCGAAGUAUUACCUCUAAAGAAAUAUUUUCCUGUGUUCAUAAUAGCAAUAUAAACAUUUAUUUUUCUCAAGGUGUUCAUUUGAAGAAAGGUGCAUCGGUUACACUCAGUACUGACAUUAUUACAAGUACAGAUCCUGAUAGCCCGGAUACGAAACUCGAAUAUUACAUCACCAAACCACCGUCGAAGGGUAUCAUUACGAUGGCUGAAGAACCAAGUAUCCCUAUAAGCCAAUUCAGCCAACUUCAUUUGGCUGGUCAUAAAGUCAAAUACGUUCACACUAGCCAGGAUGGCAGCAACUUGGACAGUUUUCAGUUUGAAGUGAGUGAUGGCCGACAUCAGGUGAUGAGGAAAUUCCAUAUUUCACUUCUUGAUGGUGAUAAUACACGUACUGUGGUAAAAUAUAGCAGGUUGACUGUUCCCGAAGGGAACACGAAGGAUAUAACAUUGUUUGAACUGAAGGCGGAAGACCCUGAUAAUACGCCUGAUACACUCGUUUUCUCAAUUACCCAGAUCCCAGUGAAUGGAUUUAUCAUGAAACUUGGUAAACCGACCAUGAUGUUUACUCAGCGCGAUAUUGAUAACAAUUUUAUUAGUUAUCAACAUGAUGGUACAGACACUACACAUGAUUCAUUUUCAUUCACUGUAUCGGAUGGCACUCAUCUAGAUUACUACGUUUACCCGGAUUCAAAGACAUUAACAAGACGACCUCAGACGAUUGAAAUUGAUAUACAAGCAAUAGAUAAUAAAACACCUCAGAUCAUUGUGAAUCGUGGUGGAACAACCCUGGAGCCAGUUCCUGGAGGGGGGUUGGGCCUGUGUCUAUCUAGUGAUCUCUUGAAGGCGUUUGAUCCAGAUAGCAAUAAUACACAGGUGACAUACUUAAUUUCCAGUCCCUUUAACUUUGGCACAUUGAUCAAUAUUGCUAGAAGUAACGAAAGCCUCACAGAGUUCAGACAGAGUGAUAUUGAUGAGAAUCUCAUAUACUUCAUGUUAAAUAAUAAGAAUGACAUGAAUGCAACUUCAGAUCGAUUUUACUUUGACUUAACGGACCCUGGUAUGAACGAAUUACCGAACCAGAGGUUCUCGCUGCAUUGGGCGCGUAUAUCGCUGGAUCGAAUUGUCUACAAAGUGUCCGAAGUACACCGUUCAGUUGUCAUAACCUUGACCAGAAAUGGAUUUUUGGGCGAGUCUUCGUUCAUCGGAAUUAGGACUAUUGAUGGGUCAGCGAGAAUAAAUGAAGAUUUUGUUCCAAAUUCUGCUGAGCAAGUACAGUUUAAUCCAGGAGAAAGAUAUAAAACGUGGGUGAUUCUCCUUGUUGAUGACAAGCUGUACGAAGGAACAGAGCAGUUCACUGUCCAAAUUCAUUCCCCUGUUAUGGCCAUUAUAAGUGGACGUCGAGAAGCAAAGAUAACUAUAACAGAUUCAGAAGACAGUAAGUGAAACUUUAAAGGGAAUAUGAUACAGAGUUUAAGGUUAAUGUAAUUAAACUUUCAGUAGGAAUAAGUAAACUUUUAAUUAGCCUGAUAAAACAGACGACCUUUCACUCACUCAGGGAGCGAAAGAGUCUCUUUCGCUUAGGGGCGUGAGUUUUCGGUCGUCUGUUUUAUCAGGCUAACUUUGAAUAUGAUAUAGCAUAACAUUUGAAGAUUUUCCAUAUCCUUUUUCAUUUUCGAGGUAUUGAGGUUGGUUUAGUAUGCAAAUAACACAGCUUUCUAUACGUCACAUUGCAUGUAUAAUGAGUUUCUAAAUGAUCAGAAAUGAAAAAUUUCAAUCACUAAUAUCGGUAUUCGAGGUAUCUCUGGCAAAACGUGCCCAAAAAUAAAAAAAUUCCAAUUUUACGAUACCUCAUUUGCAGUGUGAUGUUUAGUGUUGAGUAAUUUGCAUUUCAAACCAAUAUUAAUACCUCGAGAGUAAAAAGAGAUGUGGAAAAUCCUUAAAGAAUGUUGUAAUAUCAUGUUAACGAUUUUUCCAAUGAAACUAUAAUAUUUAGAACACAAACAGUACCAUAUGUCCUCUAAAUUAUUUAACGGUUUUUUUCUGAAAAGUACCUAUAAAUUUCAAGCGAAUACUUUUCGUCAAGGUGUUACCACCAAGUGUCCUACUACUGCUAAUCGAGAUUGAACUUAACUGAGCAUGCACAAAAUGUACAUGUUAGCGUUCUCCGAAUAUUAACGAGACGAGCUACAAAUUUAUUUUAGGAUAUACUAAGAAUAAUGUAUAGUUUAAUUUUAAAACCUCAAAGUAGAAAAAGAGCAUUACUAUCCUUUGGACCAAAUAAUAGGUCUCUUAGAAAUGGCGGCAUUCUGUUGUUUACCUUUGUUUCAAUGACAAUGGCUUCUGAACCAUUACACAAUGUGUAGCGCUGUUUACUUUCCAGAUCUGUGCGGAAAUGCUUCAUUAAACAAAAUUUCAAUUAUUAUCUUAAUAAUGAAAGAACCAAUGAAUUACUGAAACCACUAUUCAGGGUAGCUCUUUCAGAUGCAAAAUUUAUCAAUAGGGGCACUAAUAUAACUAAUGAACCAUGGGAAAAAAUCUUAAAAGUUACGCUACAGUUUCGAUCAAGAGUAACCGUGAUGGAAAUAAAAAUUAACUUAUUCUUAUUUGAAAGAACUUUUAAAGUUAUAUAUAUGAAGAUCCUUAACAACUUUUUCGUACCUUGCUUGGUUUUCGAAAUAUUUUGACCAAAAACAGUGUGCAGUCCGCCAUCUUGGUUUUAUUAUUGACCUAAUUAACUGAGUUUUUUGUGACGUCACAAGCAGGUAAACUUGUUUUAAACUUCUUCAUGUGGGACUAAAUUUCUUCGAAAAGUUUCUUAAAAUAUUGUGAGUUAAUUGAGUACUAAAAAGACUUCGGAAAAUCGAGUUUCAUAUUGAUAAUGAAAUGUGGUUUGCAAGAUAAAAAUUUUGCUUUUUACCCUACUUGUGACGUAUGCAUAUCGAAUGCAUAUCCAAGAUGGCGGAAUGUACGCUGCUUUGAUCAAAAUAAGUCGAUUUUUUUUCGAAAACCAAGCAAGAUACGGAAUAAUUGUAAAGGAAGUUUAUAUAUAAUUUUAAGUGUUCUUUCAAAUAAGACAAUUUAAUUUAUAUUGCCAUAUCCCUUUAGUAUUAACGAAAUAAUACGCACUUUAGAGAUUUCCACGCACUGGGGGGCGGGAAAGAACGAAAAAUGUAUCGUAAUUGCUGUUAAUUUUCGCACGUCUUACUUUUAUCUAAUUCUCUCGUCUAUAGGAUCUGUUAUUUCUGUAUCUAAACUGAACUACUAUGUUGAAGAAUCUUCUGGAUUGGCAAACAUAGAGCUGUACCGUCAUGGCGAUAUAUCGAAACAGGAUCAAAUUUGGUGUGUUACUCGCUCAGGUUCGUGAUAUGCUGUGACAGGCAGUAAUGCUGAAAUUGCCAUUUCAGAGCAUACAAGGCUUACACGUUUUUAUCAGUCUUUACUAUGUUUCGAUAUGAAUCCAUAAAGAGAUUUAUAUAUCUUAGAAGUGACAUUUAUAUCCCUUUAAAUUAUUUGUCUGGCAUAAUGUCGUCCACGGUAUUUAAUUGCUUUAAGCAAUUUGGAAAGAGCAACCGUACUAGGUUAAAUACUGAACAGUACACAUUUUAAUACAGCCAUGGCAUGAAGUUGUACGUGACCGUGGUGGUAACUUUAUGAUUCUGUAUUUCUGUUGUCUUGUGUCUUAGGUACUGCUUCGGGCACAUAUGAACCUGGCAUUCAGUCCUAUUCUGAUUUCAUAAGCAAGUCGAAAGACAAAAGGAAUGUUCUAGUAUUUAGACAGGUAAAUUAGGCCGCGAAAAUACGCGUGUUUUUUUAUUAUACCAUCAAUACUGUAUUGUUCUUUGUUGUAUUGUAUUUAUGUACCGCUUUAUAUAUAGAGAAUAAUACAUGGGUGCGCGGAAAUACCAGAUUUAUUUCGAGUUGCGCUCACUCGUGAGAUAUCAUGUUCAAUAUGAGAAAUAAAUCUGAUAUUUCCAAGCAUCCAUGUAUUUUUCUGUUUAUUAUAUAACGGACAGUCUUUGAAAAGCGAUAAUUUUUACAGAAAAGCGAUAAUUGAAAAGCGAUAAUUGAAAAACAAUAAAACAUCCGUGGCAAUGCGUUUUACAACAAGUUCUCUGAUUGGUCAAACAUAUUUCCUACGCGCUUUUUGAUUGGCUUGCAAAGUGAUAUUUUCACACGUAAAAAUAUCGUGGCCAAAAACUCUAUAUAACACUUAUGUUUAUAUAAUAAAUACCUGUACUAAAUUUAUUGUGUUACACUGUGGCGUACGGUUAUGGGCACACCAGUCUCCUCGUAUAGUAACACUGGAUCAAUAAUAAUGGCCCGUGAAGUGCUAUAAAUAUAAGAGGGGUUCAUAUUUGACUUCCACUACCGCUGCGUUUCAUACAUCCGAUUUCAUUAUCCAAUCACGCAGAUGGGUACUAAGCCAGUGAGAGGUAGCGGUAGUGAAAAUUAUAAUCUGGACCUCUCUAUGUCAUGUUGUCUUUGAAACUUUGUGUCAAAGUAUGUUUCAGGUAAAAACAAACAAACUGCUUUCUUGCAGGGCGAAAGGGUGAAAAAUUGUUCUGUACAGUUAGUAGAUGAUUCACUCUACGAGGAAGAUGAGGAUUUCUCAGUUUAUAUUAUACCAAGUGUCGAUUAUACUGUUGUCAGUUCCAAGUACAACAGAUCUCUUGUCAUUAUUAAAUCUGACGUAAAUGAUGGUAAGUAUAUGAUUUUAUAAAAUACCAUUACAUGCCGAUAACUUCAUAAAAUAGUGAACAAAACAGACUUCAAAUAAAAGUUGGACCUUGAAUGAAUGAAUCUAAAUGUUUGAGAGAAAAAACGACCAACGUUUCGAAAUGAUAUUACGAAUUCAUGGUAUAAAUUCACCUGCAUCAACCCCGUCGUUCAUGACAACAUAACUUUUCAUAUACAUUGAUAUUUAAGCAGAAAGUCAACACGAAUGAUUGAACUUGUUUAUGAGCCUUUGAUUUUGACAUUUUUUUUGUAUUUCCAGUCACCACAUCAGUUUAUAUGUUUUUUUAUUAUAGUUGUGCAAUAUUCUGCUAUAAUUUCUCUUCUUAUUCAGAACCACGAGUCUAUUUCGACAAAACGAGGUACAUGGUGGAUGAAAAUACUGAUAUUUGUCAAGUUACUGUGAAAAGAGCUGGCAGUGAUCUCACUAGACCUUCCUCGGUAAUAAUCAGGUCAAAGAAAACAAAUCCAGUAUCUGCAAAAGGUA